AUGUAUAGUGAUAGCAGAGAUAGUGUUUUUGAUUGGGAUUCAGACGUUUUUUCUGAAAUUAUCCGAGGAAAUUCGGAUGUUUCAUCUCAGGGAACUUUAUCUACACCUUCGACGGGAAAUCAAUAUUGUACCCCCAGGUCGCUCUCUGUGUUGGAAACUUUUAGCUAUGAUUAUAGAAUGUUACAGCUGGAAGUUGCUCCCCGGACAAAUAUUUGGUCCACAUCAUACAGAAGUAAUAGUGAGUCGCUCGUGCCAUUUGAUCCCUUAAUGUUUAGUGGUCCAGAACAGAAGACUGAGGAAGAGGAAUAUGUGUAUCAGCCACCUCCAAGACUUAUUUUUCGAAGCUACAGAGGUCGUCACUUCACUGUUGAAGACAAUGCCAGAUUUUUCGUGAUCAAGUCAUACAGUGGGGUGGAUGUUGAUGCGUCAAUCGCUAACAGCAUCUGGGCAUCUACCAACUUAGGGAACAAGAGGCUUAAUAGAGCGUUUGAGGAGGUACUGGCAGUCGGGGGUAAAAUAUACCUUUUUUUCCUGGUGAAUUGUUCGGGACGCUUCUGUGGAGUUGUGGAAAUGAAGAACAACAUUGAUUUUACUCGCACGAGCGACGUGUGGGUAGAGAAGAGCCGUUGGAAAGGCAUAUUCCCAGUCGAGUGGUUAAUGAUCAAGGAUGUUCCAAACAGACACUUUCAGCAUUUAAAGAACCCUCUCAACGAGUCUAAAUCUGUCACGAACUCCAGGGAUACCCAAGAAUUGCCGUUUGAUAUCGGUGUUUCAAUGUUAAAAAUAUUUAGCUCGUUUAAAUAA